AUGAUGCAGCUCUUUUUUGUACCGAUUAUGAUUGUGAUGGUGGGUAUGACGUCUGUGGUAAACGCGCUGGAUCGAGAGAAGCGGCUGGAGGUGCUGAGUCCCGUGCACGGUCGCAUCGUGGAUUUCCAGUACGAUGACUUGUUGGAAAACCAGCAGGAGCGUCUGUGCUACGACUACGAACUCACGCAGGAAGAGAAUCCAGUGUGCGCUUCAAAUGGCAAGAGGUAUUCGAAUCCGAGCGUGUUUGAAUUUAACAAGUGCUUGAUCGCGGCGAUGGACCAACUGGACAUUCAGAUCGUGGACAUGGAGAUUUGCCGAGACGCGGAGUUGGAAGACCUCGAGCACCAUGACAAGUGA